AUGAGCGCCCAGCAACGCCCCGUCGCCCGCCGCGGCCCGUCCAUGCAGUGGAGCCGGCUCAAGCCAGGCCCCUCGGACCCGCUCGAGGCGCUCAAUGACUUCCGCGCCCAAGAGACCUUCUACAACAAGAUCGUCGACCGCUACAUGAAGUUCUGCGCGGCCUCGGGCGGCGGCGAGAAGCUGGCCGAGCAGUUCGCCGCCAUGUCCGUCUCCCAGACCAGCCCCAGCCCCAGCUCUGCCCCGAAAGUAUCCCAGUCCCCGUCUCCCCUGAACGUCCCCAAGCGCGCGCGCCCUUCUCUGGCCUCGCCGAAGACGGUGCCGCCGACGCCCUCGGCCAUGCGCCCAGCUAAGCGCGACGCAUCGCAGACGCUCGAAUCGCCCUCCAUCCCCCUGCGCAACACCACCAUCGAGCUCGGCACCAUCGUCUCCGCCAUGCGCAAGCUCCGCGAGGCCGUCGUGGCCUCGCACCGCACCGACCGCUUCGCCCAGCGCGCCUACAUCUUCAUCAUCCACGCCGCCAUCCUCACCAAGUCCUGGGAGUCGUACCUGCCCGCCCUGCGCUACCUGCUCAACGCCAUCCACGCCCAGACGCCCAUGACCAGCUCCGAGUUCAACGAGUUCGCCGGCUACUACGUCCUCGACCUGGCCUGCCGCCAAGGGGAGCUCGGGUCGGCCUUUGCGCACCGGUCGAGGCUCGGCCUGGCCUAUGCAGACCCGACGGGCCGUGUCGAUCGCCUGCUCCGGGCGCUGGUCAUGGACGACUGGGUCAGCUUCUGGCAGCUGCACAAGCUGGUCGACGGCUACCAGAAGCGCAUCAUGGAGUUCAAGGAGGACGAGAUGCGCCUCCACGCCCUCAAGUGCAUUGGCAGGAGCUACUUCGGUGCGGAAAAGGGGUACAUCGAGAAGUGCACUGGCCGGGAUUGGGAUCAACUCGUAAAGAGCGGGGUCGGGUGGGAACUCCAGGAGGGGGAUAAGGUCGUCAUCCGCCGCCCGAAAGCAAGGUGA